GGUGGCCAAGGGGGACCUGCAGGAGCUACAGGUUACUGUUCACCCGUUUCGAUCUACCACCGGCGAGGCUCCCGCGGGGUGUUCCAGGACCGCGUUCUUCUCCCGGGGUCUACGCAACUGGCGCGCUAAAUUCAACCAAAGGAAACUUUAGGGGGUGCAGGAACUUGACAGGGAUAGUGAUCGCGACGUCUUCACUGAGUUGCUGCAGGAAAUACUUUCUGCCUGCGGGUUGUUUGGGAUCCGUCACCUCGUUCUACAAAGGUUUGGGGCAAGAGCUGUUCCAUGGAGACCUCAGGCGUCCUCUUUCUCCUGCUGAUGCUCGGCGUGGGCGCCACAAACCGAAUCCCAGAAUCUGGAGGAGACGAUAACAGUGUAUUUGAUCUAUUUGAGCUCAUUGGCUUUUCUCGCAAGGGAGCUGUGCGCAAGGCAGGAGGGAUACAUCUGGCAAAGGGAUCUGAGACCUCCAGCCCUGCCUACCGUAUUGAAGAUGCUAACCGUAUCCCAGCUGUUCCGGACCACAAAUUCCAAGACAUUCUUGACUCUAUCCAAGCAGAAAAGGGCUUCAUCCUAUUGGCUAAUCUUCGCCCAAUGAAGAAGAGUCCUGGCACCCUGCUAGCUGUGGAGCGCAAGGACAACUCUGGCUAUGUCUUUAAGCUGGUGUUGAAUGGCAAGGCAAAAACAUUGGACUUGAGUGUCUUUCCUAAGGAAGGCAAUCAGACUUUGGUGUCGGUGGAAGAUGUUGAGCUGCCUACCUGGCAAUGGAACAAUAUUACCCUUUUAGUGCAGGAGGAUCAGGCCCAGCUCUAUGUGGGAUGUGAGAAGAUGGUGAAUGCUGAACUGGAAAUCCCUAUUCAGAACAUCUUCACCAGGGACUUGGCCAGCAGUGCCAGACUCCGUAUUGCCAAAGGGGGAGUUAAUGACAACUUCCAGGGGGUGCUACAGAAUGUGCGAUUUGUGUUUGGAACUACCCUGGAAGCCAUCCUGAGAAACAAGGGCUGUAAAAGCUCCACCAGGACAGUUAUUAAACUGGACAAUCCUAUGAAUGGCUCCAGUCCAGCUAUCCGCACUAACUACAUUGGCCACAAAACAAAGGACAUCCAGGCAAUCUGUGGGUUUUCCUGUGAUGAAUUAAGCAAUGUGUUUGUAGAAUUGCAAAGUUUGCGUGCACUGGUUACAACACUGCAAGAUUCAGUCCACAAAGUGAUUAUAAACAAUGAAGUUGGCAGCGGUCCUUUUCAGAUUAGUCCUGGAGCAUGUAUCCAUAAUAAAGUUGUGUAUCAAAACACAGAUGAGUGGACCACAGAUACAUGCACUACCUGUACUUGCCAGAACUCUGUUGUCAUCUGCCAUAAAGUGUCUUGCCCUAUCAUGCCUUGUUCCAAUGCCACUGUUCCUGAUGGAGAAUGCUGCCCACGAUGCUGGCCCAGUGACUAUGCGGAGGACAUUUGGUCUCCGUGGUCUGAAUGGACUACCUGCUCCGUCACCUGUGGCAAUGGCAUUCAGCAGAGAGGUCGCUCUUGUGAUAGUCUCAACCAUCGCUGUGAAGGCUCUUCCAUACAAACUCGUACCUGCAAUAUGCGGGAAUGUGAUAAGAGAUUCAAACAGGAUGGUCGCUGGAGUCAUUGGUCUCCUUGGUCUUCUUGCUCUGUUACUUGUGGAUCUGGUUUGAUCACUAGAAUCCGUCUCUGCAACUCUCCGCUUCCUCAGAUGGGAGGUAGACAGUGUGAGGGAGAGGCAAGAGAAACCAACUCUUGCCAGAAAGUACCUUGCCCAAUAAAUGGAAACUGGGGGCCAUGGUCACCAUGGGACACCUGUGCAGUCACGUGUGGAGGGGGCAUUCAGAAGCGUAGUCGCCUCUGCAACGAUCCUGAACCACAGUUUGGAGGGAAAGACUGUAUUGGUGAUGCUGUAGACACUCAAAUCUGCAACAAGCGAGAUUGCCCAAUUGACGGGUGCCUAUCAAACCCUUGCUUUGCGGGAGCAAAAUGUACUAGUUUCCCAGAUGGUUCCUGGAAAUGUGGUGCCUGCCCUGCAGGUUAUCGUGGAAAUGGGGUUGUAUGCAAAGAUAUUGACGAGUGUCAAGAGGUCCCUGAUGCCUGCUUUGUCAUUGGUGGAGUACACAGGUGUGAGAACACUGAGCCAGGAUACAAUUGCCUGCCUUGCCCAUCACGUUUUACUGGAACUCAGCCCUUUGGUCGAGGUGUUGAGCAUGCAAUAGCAAACAAGCAGGUCUGCAAACCAAGAAACCCAUGCACUGAUGGUACACAUGACUGUAAUAAGAAUGCAAAGUGCAUUUACCUUGGCCACUUUAGCGACCCCAUGCAUCGCUGUGAAUGUAAACCCGGCUAUGCUGGUAAUGGUAUUAUAUGUGGAGAAGACCCAGAUUUAGAUGGGUGGCCAAAUGAGAACCUUCCCUGCAUUGCCAAUGCUACAUACCACUGCAAUAAGGACAAUUGCCCCAACCUUCCCAAUUCAGGACAGGAGGACUAUGAUAAGGAUGGAAUUGGUGAUGCUUGUGAUGACGAUGAUGAUAAUGACAACAUUCCUGAUGACAGGGAUAAUUGCCCAUUCAUUUACAACCCACAACAGUAUGACUAUGAUAGGGACGAAGUUGGUGAUCGCUGUGAUAACUGCCCCUACAAUCACAACCCAGAUCAGAUAGACACCGAUAACAAUGGAGAAGGAGAUGCCUGUGCUGUUGAUAUUGAUGGAGAUGGCAUUCUUAAUGAAAGAGACAACUGCCAGUAUGUGUACAAUGUGGAUCAGAAAGAUACAGACUUGGAUGGUGUUGGAGAUCAGUGUGACAACUGUCCUAUGGAACACAAUCCAGAUCAGAUGGAUGCUGACUCUGACCGCAUAGGUGAUAAAUGUGAUAGCAACCAGGACAUUGAUGAAGAUGGCCAUCAAAAUAACCUAGAUAAUUGUCCCUAUGUGCCCAAUGCCAACCAAGCUGACCAUGAUAAAGAUGGAAAGGGUGAUGCCUGUGACCAUGAUGAUGAUAAUGAUGGGAUCCCUGAUGACAAAGAUAACUGCAGACUGGUUGCCAAUCCAGAUCAACUGGACUCUGAUGGGGAUGGACGUGGAGAUGCAUGCAAAGAUGACUUUGACAAAGAUAAUGUGCUAGACAUUGAUGACAUCUGCCCUGAGAAUGUUGACAUCAGUGAGACAGACUUCCGUCGAUUUCAGAUGGUUCCCCUGGAUCCUAAGGGAACCUCCCAAAAUGAUCCCAACUGGGUUGUUCGUCACCAAGGCAAAGAACUGGUUCAGACUGUCAACUGUGAUCCUGGACUUGCAGUUGGUUUCGAUGAAUUUAAUGCUGUUGACUUCAGUGGCACAUUCUUCAUUAAUACAGAAAGAGAUGAUGACUAUGCUGGCUUUGUGUUUGGAUAUCAGUCCAGUAGUCGCUUUUAUGUAGUUAUGUGGAAGCAGGUCACACAGUCUUACUGGCUUGAUACACCAACCAAAGCCCAAGGAUAUUCUGGCCUUUCUAUCAAAGUAGUCAACUCCACUACCGGUCCUGGAGAACAUCUUCGUAAUGCACUGUGGCAUACUGGAAAUACAGCUGGACAGGUGCGAACUCUGUGGCAUGACCCUCGUCACAUAGGCUGGAAAGAUUUCACUGCCUACAGAUGGCGUCUCAGUCACAGACCAAAGACUGGCUACAUUAGAGUGUUAAUGUAUGAAGGGAAGAAGAUCAUGGCAGAUUCAGGCCCAAUCUAUGACAAAACCUAUGCUGGCGGUCGGUUAGGAUUAUUUGUCUUCUCUCAAGAAAUGGUGUUCUUCUCUGAUCUUAAAUAUGAAUGUAGAGAUCCCUGAUCAUAAGGCGAUUGAUGCAGAGAUUAUUUCUGAAAUGCUGGUAUUGCACCUUCUGAAAUAUUGUUUCGUUUCUGCAAACCCUGGGACAAUUUUGUUUGCUCUUUACUUUCUUCUGCCUUCGUAAACUAGAGACUCAAAAUACAUGAUCUGCCUCAAGAGAAUGCUUUUGAGAGAGAAAAUUGCAAAGUACACUUCAGUUCUGACCUUUUUUGGCACAGAAGAAAUGUCUUUCAUGAAUAAGAAUAUUCUUCGCAUUUGGAGCCGAAGAGUCACUUCUGUAAGAAAGGCAUCUGCAUAGCUGGGCAUUGUCACUGCCUCUCUUUAACUGGAGGUCCAAUGGAGCAGCACUUUUGUAAUGAGAACUUCUUUAUGAUGUGCCACGGACUACUUAGAAAUGAAAUACACUUCAACUUGUGGGGAAAGUGGGUGGGAAGAAGGCGGUUGUAAGAUACAGAUCUGUGCUUCCCUGGGGUUUACAGCCAGGUAAAUUGGAGGAACUGUUACUUAUCUGUCAAACAGUCUUAUUCUGUGCAUGGUUGCUCAGAUGCAAAUCCCACUGAAUUAAGUGGAAGUUACACCCAGUCUGCUUCAGCUAAUAUGGAAAUAUUUUUCUUCAUUAUAUAGGAAAACUAGCUAUGCCAGCUGGUUAGCCCCAUGCAGCAUAAAACAAGUUUCAAAAAUCCCAUUGUGGGAUAAGAGGUGAAACAAAUUGGUACACCGGAUUGCACCAAGUUGGUGGAAAAUGGGAUUCAUAGAGACUCUUGGGAAAGCAAGUUUACAUGUGCCACUGCAUGACAACCUACAGCCAUAGGUUUGAUACCAGAGGUAGCUAGUGCAGAUGUAGCAAGAACAUUUGAGGUGUCAAAGAGCAUCUUCAUCUCAGCUUAGCACUUAUGUUGGACUUCAAGGAACUAUGUUUUAUUAUGGUUAAAAAGGCACAAAAAUAACAAACACAAUUAAAUACAAAAAAAUCUACAAAAUGCAAUGGAAGUUUUGGGGUGUUUUUUUUAAAAAAAGUUUUUUUAAAAGAUUAACUUUUGUAGAAGAAAGGUUGUAGAUAAAGAAAAUGUAAAAUAUUUAUUUUUUACCUAUACUGUCUGUUAUGAAUAACUGAAGGACUAUUAAUAAAACAGAAAACAGUGCAUCAGGACUAUCCACGUAAUCAUUUUGCUGCACGUCUCUAUGACUGUAAGAUUGUAAAUACAGGUUAUUUAUUGUUCUGUAGUAGUUCUAGACAGUAGAGUAUGAAAAUAUUUUAGUUGCAAAGAACAGUUUUCCCAAAAGCAAUGUGGAGCAUAAGAAAAAGCAGCAAGAUGGGGGUAGGAUCUAUAUUCUUAGCAUCUGUUUCCCCCCCUUUCUCUACAAGACAGCUGGCAAAGUAGACUGCCUUGCUGCUGCAUUGCCAAGCCACAAAAGAAAAGUGUCAGUGUUGACUAUCCUGGUCUCUCUCUAUCAUAAAAGAGAUCAGGUCACAUUUUAUGAACACUGGCCUCAGUCCACUGUCAAUACACACACUCAUUUUUAACAGGAUUUGCACAAGAGAUGUUCUCAGUGGAUUGUUGCCUGUCACCUUUGUGAUAAUGCUAUGUAGUGUCUUUGCGUUGGUCAUUUGUAUCAGAAUUCCUGACUUGAGGAGGCUGUCUGAUGGAAGUGGCAGAGCCAUUGCCGUUUAACUUUUGCAGACCUUGAAGAAACCAGGGUAUGGUUGCAGAAGUAGAAAGGCCUCUCUGAUGGGAUUUUGGGAGCAUUAUUCAAAGGCUGCUUCUGCUCAGUGGGGCAGCACAAUUAUAUCUUUGAGCUUCAUCUUGCUGCAAAAAGAAAAAGAAUGUCAAAGGUGAAAACUUUUAUGUACAAAUAUUACCUCAUUAUUUUUGUAAGGCUGAGAAAAGGAAAAAAAACCUUUGGAUCAGGCGCAAUUUAGAUAUCUAACAAAAUUAAAAGCUACUGUAGUAUUAAGGGGUGGGGGAAAAGAUUGCAAGCUGUACAUAGUUAAAAUUGUUUUUGCAGAGACUCGUGCUCCCCAUUUUUUUAAAAAAAGGCAUUGAAGCAAUGCUAAGAACAAUUUCUAAUAUUGUGUUAGUUUGUUUUAAUGUCAUCUAUACCAUUCCCUGUAUUUGUAUAAAUUAUUUUUUUCAUUACUGUUGGAAUAGUUAAUCUCCU